AGGAUGCGCACGUCCCUUCUCGGCAGCCCAGUUUGACGAAGCUCCACUCCAUCUCCAGAAACGUGCAAUGUUCUCCGGCUUCUACUUCCAGCCGAGUGGCAGUGCGACCUCCUAGGCGCUUUCACUACGCUUCUCCUCGGGCCCCGCCCAUUUCCAGCUGGCAGUUUUGAAACUCUGGAGACUGGAUUACAGCUACGGAAUCAGCUGCUCGGCUUUGGGCGGCGCAGUGCGCAGGCGCGAGCGGUCGGGGGCCAACGCGCUCUGCGCUUGGUUGAAGCGGGAGUUUCUGGGUGAGGAGACCCGGCAGCCGGCGACUCAGCGAGUGGGUAAUCGAGCACCUCCUCACCCCGCCAUGGCAGCCCUGCGCUACGCGGGCCUGGACGACACGGACAGCGAGGACGAGCUGCCUCCGGGCUGGGAGGAAAGAACCACCAAGGACGGCUGGGUUUACUAUGCCAAUCACACGGAGGAGAAGACUCAAUGGGAGCAUCCAAAAACUGGAAAAAGAAAAAGAGUAGCAGGAGACCUGCCAUACGGAUGGGAACAAGAAACUGAUGAGAAUGGACAGGUGUUCUUUGUCGAUCAUAUAAAUAAAAGAACCACAUAUUUGGACCCAAGACUGGCAUUUACUGUGGAUGAUAAUCCGACGAAGCCAACCACCAGACAGAGGUAUGAUGGCAGCACCACCGCUAUGGAAAUACUCCAGGGCCGAGAUUUCACUGGAAAAGUGGUCAUCGUUACUGGAGCCAAUUCAGGAAUCGGAUUUGAAACUGCCAAGUCUUUUGCCCUUCAUGGCGCACAUGUGAUCCUGGCCUGUAGGAACAUGGCAAGAGCCAAUGAAGCAGUGUCACGCAUUUUAGAAGAAUGGCAUAAAGCCAAGGUGGAAGCAAUGACCCUGGACCUUGCUCUGCUCCGUAGCGUGCAACAUUUUGCCGAAGCGUUCAAGGCCAAGAAUGUGCCUCUUCAUGUGCUUGUGUGCAAUGCAGCGGCUUUUGCUUUGCCGUGGAGCCUCACAAAAGACGGCCUGGAGACUACCUUCCAGGUGAAUCACCUGGGACACUUCUACCUUGUCCAGCUCCUCCAGGACGUACUGUGCCACUCAGCUCCUGCCCGUGUCGUUGUAGUCUCCUCGGAAUCCCAUCGAUUUACAGAUAUUAACGAUUCCUCUGGAAAACUUGACUUCAGCCGCCUUUCUCCAUCUAAGAACGACUAUUGGGCCAUGCUAGCUUACAACCGGUCCAAACUCUGCAAUGUCCUGUUCUCCAAUGAGCUACACCGUCGCCUGUCCCCACGCGGGGUCACAUCCAAUGCCCUGCAUCCUGGGAACAUGAUGUACUCCUCCCUUCAUCGCAACUGGUGGGUGUAUACGCUGCUGUUUACCCUGGUGCGGCCCUUCACCAAGUCCAUGCAACAAGGAGCUGCCACCACCGUCUACUGUGCUGCCGCUCCGGAACUCGAGGGCCUGGGAGGGAUGUAUUUCAAUAAUUGCUGCCGCUGCAUGCCCUCACUGGAAGCUCAGAAUGAAGACACGGCCCGGGCCCUGUGGGCGCUCAGCGAGAGGCUGGUCCAGGAGCGGCUUGGCAUCCAGUCCAGCUAAGUCAGGGCUCCCGCAAGGAUCGCACACACACCCACCACGUGUGCGCACACAACUGCCAAUGCUGGACCCCUUCCAGUCCUAUGAUCCAGAGGGUUUCCAUGUCCCUCUAACACAGAUCAGCCAGGGUAAAGGAAAUAAGAGCAGUCACAACAGAGUGAAAGAUGUUAAGUACCAAUGGGAAACAGGGAAUUCCAGGGGUAGAGGGACAGUAUCUCUUUUGGGGGGGCUGGGUUAGAUGUGAGUCUCUUUGCUUUCCUGGUGGUGGCCUGUUUGAGAGUAAAACCUUGGUUGGUAUGUGGAUUCCUUCUGUUAUUGAAGAAGCACAAGCAAUCCUCUCUCACUGUUUAGAAUCGUCUGGUGUCCCCUGCCCCACCCAGCCACCACCAUUGCCACCACUAUAGCCCAGGAGCUGGGUUUCUCCUAUUAUUUAGGGAAGAAAAAGCAAGUGUUUUUUCUUCAUUCCUGCAUUGAUCCAGGAGAUAAUUGUUUCAUUCAUCCUGACCAAGUCUGAGUGGGCUUGGCAAUUGUCAGGGAGAGAAAUUUCAGAGCCUUGUUCCAGCCAGCCAAGAUGGUGGUAACAUUUAGAAACGAGUAGAGUAGGCAGAGCCAGGGUCGCAAAAGCACCAAGCAUCAACUCCCUUGCCAAAGCUAUAGAAAAUUUUCUUUAGCGAUUACAACAAACAAGUUUUGCAAAUUAUUCACCAGAUACCUUGACAGGCAGGAAAGGAAGCAUUGCAUCCUUAAGAAUAUACAGGAUAUUUUGGGGGUGGGGGGUAAAAAGUUGUUCUGUUAAUGCUUCAUUCACAGCUUUAAGAAGUAACCUGCUCUCUGAAGUUCACAGUCUCUCAGUUGUCCUGCUUUAGCAUUCUGCUUCAACUUCCUUUUCUUCCUCCCAUCUUAUGCUUAAUAAAAGAACAUGCUUGAAUAUUAU